AUGCGAGUUUCUAGAUUCCAAAAAAAGACUACCAGACCUUCCCAGAAUGGAGAUGAUUCAAUUGAAACGACAAGUCCAAAGGUGCCUCUAAAUCCCUCGGGUAAGGUUAAUCGUUUUGCUGCACAAUACUCCAACCAGAAACCCCAACGGAAAUUUCAAAAUGCAUCAUCACUGACUAAUCCAGGCUAUAGAGGCCAUUAUAAACAAAAAGAUCAGAACUCCCCGAAUAAUAAUCCAGAGCUGAACAGUAAAGGAAAUAAACCAGUGCUAAACUCGUACCAACAAUAUAAUGAAAUGAAACAAAAACUCAAGGAUCAGCAAAAGUUGGGGAAUGCCAAUAAACUGACGAUGCAGCGUACGGCUACAAUACCAAAGAAAACAGAUAGCAGGAAGAGAAAUUUAGAGAAGGAAAAGGAGAGAAUCAAAAUCAAGAUCCCAGAGUUCAUCACUGUGUCUAAUUUGGCAACCAUAAUGCAUGUUCCACUUAAUAAGAUUAUCAAGAGUAUGGAAGAUUUAGGAUUUGAAAACGUCAGACAUAAUUAUAUUUUAGAGAAGGAUAAUGCCAUUUUAAUUGCUGAUGAGUUUAACUUUGAAGCAAUUGUACUGAAUGCCAAUACUGUCGAGGAUAUUUUUAGUGAGCCUGUGAAACCUGGUAAAUUGAAGCCCAGACCACCAGUGGUAACAAUAAUGGGACAUGUUGAUCAUGGCAAAACCACUAUUCUUGAUUAUUUAAGGAAAUCUUCAGUUGUGGAACAGGAGUUUGGUGGGAUCACUCAGCAUAUUGGUGCUUUCACAGCCAUAACACCUGAAUCAAAGAAGCAAAUUACUUUUUUGGAUACACCGGGGCAUGCUGCCUUCCUUAAGAUGCGUGAAAGAGGUGCUAUUGUAACCGAUAUUGUUAUUUUAGUUGUUGCUGCUGAUGAUUCCGUUAUGCCACAAACAAUUGAAGCCAUUAAACACAUUAAGAAGACUGGUGUACCAUUAAUUGUUGCUAUAAAUAAAUGUGAUAAGCAUGGAGUAAACAUUGAUAAAGUUGUUGGUGACUUGGCAUCGCAUGACAUUGAUGUUGAAGAUUACGGUGGAGAAACUCAGACAGUAAGGGUUUCAGGUAAAACUGGAUUAAACAUGGAUAAGCUUGAAGAAGCUAUUAUUACCUUGAGUGAAAUGUUGGAGCUCCAAACUGAGCCUGAUGGAGUUGCAAAUGAAGGUUGGAUCAUUGAAUCUAAAGUUGAAAAGGGAGUUGGAUAUGUUGCUACUGUCUUGGUUAGAAGAGGUACAGUUAAGAAUGGGGACAUCUUAGUUGCCGGAAACACAUAUUGUAAGGUUCGAGGAUUAAGAGAUGAAAAUGGAAACAGCAUUAAGAAGGCUGGUCCUUCGUCUCCUGCUCAAGUAUUUGGAUGGAAGGAAUUACCCGUGGGAGGUGAAUUUGUGAUUCAAGCAAAGGACGAAAGACGAGCCAGAAAGGCAGUUUCUCAUCGGAUUGCUAGAGAAAAGGCUAUUAAGCAAAGAGAAGAAGUUGAACAAAUCAAUGAGCAAAGAUCAGAAGAAGUUAAAGAAUUGGCUAGACGCAAUAAGAUUGCAGAAAUGAAAAUGGCUGGGCUAGAUACCAGUGCCUUAGAAAAGUUGGAGGAUGAAAGCCAAUGUAUUCAAUGUAAUUACAUCAUUAAAUCCGAUGUUUUUGGGUCUGCUGAAGCUAUCAAAGAAAGCAUUAAUGGUAUUGGGAAUGAAGAAGUUAAAGCUAAUGUUAUAUUAUGUGAAACUGGUGCUCUUACUCAGAGUGAUUUGGAAUUAGCAAAGACACUCAAUGCUCAAAUCUUUUGCUUCAACCUUGCUGUACCCAAAGAGAUAUCUCUUGCAGCUGACAGAGAGGGAGUUGCGAUCAAGGAACAUAAUGUGAUUUACCAUUUGAUUGAAGACGUGACUACAGAACUUACAUCUAAAUUAAAACCAAAGAUUGAAACCAAAGUCUUGGGUGAAGUUGAAGUUGCUGAUGUAUUUACCAUCUCUACAAAGACCAAGAAGAUUAGUAUUGCUGGGUGCAAGGUCACUAAUGGUACUAUUAAACGGACUUCUAAUGUGAGAGUAUUCAGAAACGACGAGCAAAUCUAUGAAGGUACUUUAACCUCGUUGAAGUACGUCAAGGAAGACAUUGCUGAGGCUAGAAAGGGUAAUGAGUGUGGUCUUGCUUUUGACAAGUGGGACAAGUUUGAGGCUGGUGAUAAGAUUCAAGUCUACGAAGACAUUGAGCAUACCAGGUACUUGUAA